GACACAAGCGUAGAGUCCAGUGAUUCUGAUGACUCUUCAAAUGACUGUUUGACAUACGUCGAAGAGUCAUUUGAAGUGAUGUUUGUCCCUGAGGAAGAAAUCCAACAAGUAAACUAGGUAUAAGGGAAUCAAUGGGAUGAGACUUUUUUCAAGAGGGAGGGGGGGGGAGGGGGGUGGGGCUAGCCUUAAUAUUAUCAUUAUGCGAGGGGAGUUUGCAAUUAAUUUUUGCUUAAUGAAAAGGGGGGUAUGACUUAGUUUAAAGGCAUAUUUCACCCAUUUUCCAACCCCCCUCCAGGUAAUUAUUGCACAGUCCCUUAAAGGGAUUCGAACCCAUGACCUUUGCGGUAGCGCUUUAGCGCUCUACCAACUGAGAUAUGAAGACCAAUGCACCGAUGGGAUCGGAGCAGGUACGGCAAAGGACAAUCGCUGGUUCCCACGCCUGUUAUUGUAAGCUAGAUUGCCAGCCGCUGUUCGGGAAAUGAGCCUGCGUUGCUUAUUAAAACCGCAUUAAAACCGAAUCAAACCUUGCGAAAUUUCAGUGGAACCUAUGAAAGCCAAGUGGUAAAAAAAUUAAGAUCAUGCUCUCCAUUCAACCAUAUGUUCGGCGAUUUUCUCCAUCAUGGGGGAUUGGUGUACACAGCAUGCAAAGUCGGGACGCAGAGUGGCGUAGAGUUGUACUGAGUUACUAGAAUAAAUCCUCACCUUUGUUGCCUCGUGUCAAAAGUGAAAAGAAGUUCAAUUUCGUUUUUAAUGCACAGUAUUUACCAUAAGAUAAUCUAUUAGGCUCUGAAAUCGAUAAGAUUCACACAUCUGCAUCGAGACGUAUGAGAUAAGUGUACUUGCAUUUCUCCAUCGUAACCGGUAAUCCUAAAAUCAUUCUUUAUUCGAGUGUUAUGCUCUCCACAGGAUCUAAUCUUUGUGUUGUAAGACAACUUUCAAUUUUCAUUGUCAAGUUGUUGAAGUGCCCUUUCAAUUAAUCUAAUUGCAGGUGUUGUCUACUUUCCAUUACCCUAUUGUUUCCUGCAAACUUCAUGCUUACACGUUGUCAUUAUUUAUUUAUUUAUUUUUUGUAACUGCAUGUGCGCUUAGAAUAAUCCAAUUAACAGCAAGGGGGAUGAUCUGCGGUAAAAUCAAGUUCACAGUGUGGGCUAUUGAAUUUAAAGUUAGCAGGUUUAGUCGAACGAGCUGUGCCUAAAUAUAAUCACUUGGAAAAGAAAACUCACACUUAAUUUCAUUUCUUGUGGAACUUAAUCCUCAAGGUAAGCAACAAAACGUUGUUGCAGUUGAUAUUUAAUUUCCAGCUGAGCAUCCAAGUGAUUUUCAACACAAUCAUCGAAAACUGUUACUUUCUUCUGGGUCCCAGCUCCUUGAUUCUAAGUUUUUCAACAGAACUAGCAGCCUCAUUGGGGCUGUUAUUUUAAGUCACCACGUCGACAAUUCUCUCCUUUUCCUCCUUUUCGAUUUCCGUCAGCCAUACGUUGGCCUUUAUCAUUCUUGCUCACUACUCCGCAUUCUCCAGGUCUCGGGCAUUCUUCUUCCGAUCGAUAGCCACGUUUUGAUAGCUGACUGCGAGCCAUGUAACAUUCCACUUCCUAAGGCGUUUUCUGAGUCUUUGACGGUCACUUGCAUCGAGUCCUUCUGUCUCUCCCCCCCAAGGGGGUGGGGGAGGGGUACUCGACCAAUAUUUGGGUAUAUGUCAGCUGCUGAGGUUUUGAAACCCUGACCCUUUUAAGGGAAAAUUACCUCAAUUCUAUUACACUGUUUAAGAAAAAGGAUUAAAUGCACCCCGCCCGUGUCAUGUCAAUGCUUUUUGUGCACUUGGAGUACAAACAAAUUUCAUCAUGCAAAACGAAUCAGUCGCGCGGGCAAUAGCCUUUUUACAAUUACGACAUAGUCGCGCGAAAUUACAUACCCUGCCAGGACGGGGAAGACAAAACCCAUACCCUGUCUAGCCGAGCGGCACAUCCCCGUAUAAAGGACCCCUGAAGUCUCUUUCUAUAUAUGCCUAGACAGUUGUAAGACGGCGACCUGGUGUUCCCGCGCCAUUUAAACCCCCGGCCACUCUGACAUUUUAAGGGGCUACCUCGAAUUGCACAUCGUUCUUUUAGCAUUAGCCUCUGAUUCAUCUCCCGUCUUGAACGUACAGCUCCUUUUUCGUCCAUAGUUGGAAUCGUAAUUUGUCCGCGAUUCCUUUUUCUUGUCGGGUUCUUGUCAGCAAAGGACAAAUAGUCCCAUAGCUCUGAUGGCGGGGGAAGCGGAGUCUUGUUCUUCCUUGUGGUAG